GCCGCGGGAGCUUCCACGCCGCUCGGGUCGGUCCAUGUCGGCGGGUGACAGCGCGGCGGUGUCGGCCGUGGAGGGGAAGCUCGCGGAGCUCUCCACCAGCUGCGACCUCAGGACUCUCCCCAGGAGGGGCAAGCCUGCAUCUGCAAGGACACUGAACACUGCCCAGAUUCCGCUUGUGGCAAGCCAUCCGGAAGUUUAUGAACCAUGUGAUGAUUCCUUUGCCCUCGUAGAUGCUCUGCUCUCUGACAAAACUCAACUUCUGACACUACAGCCGAGUUUGUGCCUGGAGGUAGGAUGUGGCAGUGGUUAUGUCAUCACAUCUCUAGCCAUCAUGCUCAGGCAAUUAGGCACUGGAACCCAGUACCUAGCAACAGACAUCAACCAACAUGCUGUGGAGACGACUCAAGCCACACUUGAAGCCCAUGGUAUUAAUGCAGAUGUUAUUGCCACCGAUAUCGUGUCAGGUCUUGAGAAACGUCUGGCUGGUAUGGUUGACGUGGUUGUCGUGAACCCUCCAUAUGUGCCAACACCUGAGGAAGAAAUCGGGAUCAAGGGCAUUGCUGCAUCUUGGGCUGGAGGGUUGAAUGGGCGCCAAGUGAUCGACCGGAUUCUUCCUGCUGUGCGUGAGCUGCUAUCAGAAAAAGGGUGCCUGUACAUGAUUGCCCUCGAAGAUAAUGAUCCUCUGGGUAUAUGCCAUUUGAUGAACGAGAAGGGGUUUGCAUCUCGUGUUCUCUUGAAGAGGUGUACAGAAGAGGAGAGCCUCUAUGUUCUCAAGUUUUGGCAAGAUGCUGCUGUUAGCACAAAUGCCUCCCAAUCUGGCAAAUCUCCAGGAUCCGAGUCCUCUUGGCUUUCUCCGUUCAGAUCCUUUUGGCAUAAGAAUGGUAGCAGUUCCUGACUUCAUCAGUUUGGGCUUUUACCAUCUACAAAUUUUAUAUGGUGGUGGUAUUAUAUGUAGACAUGUCUGAAUGCAGUGUUACUAUCGAGUUCUCACCUGCCUCAGAAAACAAGAACUAGACUGGCAUGGUGAGCUUAAUUAGCUAUCGUCCUAUGAGCAAUAUAUCAAACCAAUUCUAGACUAUAAGUACCAAACUUUUAUUUAUCGGUAAAAUCAGCUUCUUAUGUUUGCA